CACAUGACGUCAUCAUUAUCGCCAUCUUCGAUCUGUGUCAUCGACUGUUGUCGUGUGGAUUGUAGUCGUCAGCGUAGUAAUUCUGCGAGAUUUAAUUGUCUGCAGAGAGUUGUUUUGUCAGUUAUCGUAGAUUUAUUUCCGUGCUUGAUACAUUUUUAGGAUAGUUGUGGGGUCUAUUUGAUUUAUUUUCAAAAUCAUGGAAGGCACAGGAGAAGGAGAGGGUGGUCCACACAAUACGCAGCAAGCGGGAGCUAGCAAAAAGCUGCAACAAACGCAAGCAACUGUGGACGAGGUUGUGGGUAUAAUGAAGGUUAACGUGGAGAAAGUAUUAGAGCGAGAUCAGAAGCUCUCAGAGCUUGAGAACCGUGCAGAUGCCCUGCAGCAAGGCGCGACGCAGUUCGAACAGCAUGCUGGAAAACUGAAGCGAAAAUACUGGUGGAAGAAUCUCAAAAUGAUGAUUAUCAUUGGUAUCAUAUGUGUUGUUAUCUUAAUUAUCAUCAUCGCUUCGGUCGUACCAAGUUCGUCUUCAGACUCUGACAAUACUCCAAAAUGAUAAUGUUGUACCAAAGGAAAGAGUUGGGUCAUUUCGAUCAAGAGAUCCUUUUAGUAUAAGUUGCAUUAUGGUGAAGUAUGUAUAGCGGGGACUGUAAAAACAACACAAUGUCGUCACAUAAAAUUGGGAACAAAAAAUAUAUUUUUGAGAUUGACUUGAAUAUUACAUCGACACGCACAACUAUUAGACUAACAGCCAGUAUUAAUACGGGUGGCCUUCUUUUAAAAAAUAUAUAUAAUGAAACUGUCUGGUGUUCUUACAAUGUUAAUCUUGUUACAACACUGCUUAUUAUGAAUUUAUUGAUAUAUAAUAUAUGAUGUUUGUACUCUU